UUGAGUUCAGUUGGUGGGCGAUGAUACAUUGGACAUGGCCACAUUGUUCGGACAGCUUUGCAGGCUCUGAGAAUUACUCUCCCUUUGCAGGCUCUUUCUUCAGAUACAAAGAAAGGAGUGCAUAAGCAGCCGGAUGAGAAAGCUUUCAAUUUGAUUGGUUCUAUGCUAUUGGGAUUAAUAUAUGUACAGUACACAGCCACUUCCAGUAGGUAUUAAGAACAUUGAGUUACCGAUAAGGCACUAGGGAAAAAAGUUGCAGGAAUUUUGGACUAUUACUCUGUUUCCCGAGUCAAAUCAGAGUCUUACAACGCAUCCCGGCUUGAUUUUGGAGGCAAACUACUAUUCUUUGUUGACAAACAUGAUGAAUAUAUUCGAAAAAACAACAAAAAAUCAAUCGUUGCUUUCGGUGGACCCGAAUGGAAAUUAGGAUGGGCUGUUAAUGGGAGAUAGAAUGGUCUGGCCCGGAGAACAGCUGCUGACCGAUGGACCCCUUUAAUCUGAUUCCUUCGAAGAUUCUUUAGCACCCUGAUGGCCUCAAUUGCUGGUUCCAAGGCUUCCUCAAAUCAGCCACAAAAAACAGCUAAUGGUGAAAUGGCUAAUGGAAAGGAUGCCGGGGUAUUGCCUCCGAAGAUUUCCAAGUUAAGUAAACCUGAAUCAGUUCCUUCUGAUCAGUCUAAGUCAGUAAAGAGUAUCUCAAAGCAGGAUAUGGAAAUAUCUUCCGACAAAAAGUCACCAGUAUCGAAUCAAAAUGGAUCUGCUAAGUUGUUGACUGAAAAAUUUAAUUUCAGCAUAUCUUCACCUGGUCUGAAACAAACUUCAACUGAAGUAGAUUCCCCUCACAAUGAAGCUAGAUGCUCACCUGGAAGCUCACUAGACCAGGAGAAGAAAACAUCAGAAUAUGGAAGUGUUAAGAGCAGUUCUGUUUCCGGCAAAGUAAGCGAUGGAACUAGCUGCCUUGCCAAGACCAGUGGAAGUGCAAAGGUUAGCGACCAUGGUAACUUUGUUGAGAGUGGAAAGAGCAGUAUAUGCAGAGGGAGCACGAGCAGUGAUAUAAGCGAUGAGAGCUCUUGCAGUAGUUUUAGUAGUAGUAUCAGUAAACCUCACAAAGCAAAUGAUUUGAGAUGGGAGGCCAUUCAAGUUGUCCGUGCAAAAGAUGGGGCAAUGGGAUUAGGUCAUUUUAGACUUCUGAAGAAGUUGGGUUGUGGGGAUAUUGGGAGUGUCUAUCUCUCUGAGUUAAGUGGAACCAAAUGCCAUUUUGCCAUGAAGGUUAUGGAUAAAAAUACUCUAGCGAGUCGCAAAAAAUUGCUUCGUGCGCAGACAGAAAGAGAAAUACUUCAAUCUCUUGAUCACCCCUUCCUUCCAACGUUAUACACCCACUUUGAGACAGAAAAAUUCUCAUGCUUGGUGAUGGAGUUCUGUCCUGGAGGAGACUUGCACACUCUAAGGCAGAGGCAACCAGGGAAGCAUUUUCCCGAGCAGGCAGUGAAAUUCUAUGUAGCAGAGGUUCUUCUUGCACUGGAAUACCUGCACAUGCUUGGGAUUGUGUACCGUGAUCUAAAGCCAGAAAAUGUUCUUGUGAGGGAAGAUGGACACAUAAUGCUUUCAGAUUUUGACCUAUCUCUCCGUUGCACUGUUAGUCCGACUCUUGUCAAAAAUCUCUCUGCAGAGUCCGAGGCUUUAAGAAAGAACACAGGUUACUGUGUGCAGCCUGCUUGCAUUGAACCUUCCUGCAUCCAACCAUCUUGUGUAGUUCCUACAACCUGCUUCUCACCACGCCUCUUUUCUAGUAAGUCGAAGAAGGAACGGAAACCCAAAACUGAAAUUGGAAAUCAGGUCAGCCCAUUGCCAGAGCUCAUUGCAGAACCAACUGAUGCCCGAUCCAUGUCUUUUGUUGGAACUCAUGAGUACUUAGCACCUGAGAUCAUCAAGGGUGAAGGCCAUGGAAGUGCUGUAGAUUGGUGGACUUUUGGAAUUUUUCUAUACGAGCUAUUAUUUGGUAAAACUCCUUUUAAGGGGUCUGGAAAUCGAGCUACUUUAUUCAACAUUGUCGGUCAGCCACUUCGGUUUCCAGAUGCACCAGUUGUUAGUUUUGCUGCAAAGGAUCUCAUAAGGGGAUUGCUAGUGAAGGAACCACAACACAGAUUGGCUUAUAAACGUGGGGCAACUGAGAUCAAGCAGCAUCCUUUCUUUGAAGGUGUAAAUUGGGCAUUAAUACGUUGUGCUACUCCUCCUGAAAUCCCAAGGCCGGUCGAGAUUGAGAGAAUACCACAUGCAGUGGCAUCAACCAGUGAAAAGGCCGUUGCUAUUGCUGCAGCAGCAGCUGCAGAUAAAAAGGCUUCCGAUAAUUAUCUUGAGUUUGAUUUCUUUUAGAAAGAAAUCCUUACACGUUAUACAGGUUGUUCAUCAAUGAAAGCCUGCCUAAAACAUUUCUGUAUGGCAGUGGAACCGAUGAGGAAGAAGCAUAUUGAUAGAUGAUGAAACACUGUAAGUUUGUUGUUGUCUUUUAACAGUUUCAAAUUGAUGUUGCACAAGUAUUUAAUGGAUUCUUUGCUUUCCUCUAAA